AUGCAUGUGAGAGACAAUCACUGGCUAAGAGAGCUGUGGCCCAAGUGCGGAGCAGUGAGUGCCCUCUUCGUGCAGGAGGACCUGAGUGCCUUCAACAGCAGCAUCGCCUUCAAGAACUGCAGGGGAACAUCAGGCCUUCGGAUCACAGAGAGGGGCUUGCUCUUGAGUUCUGAGGGCGCAAGGGAGGCUGCGCAGAGCAGAAGUUUCGCGAGGCAUCCAGUGGCACGGAGUUUUGUGGAGUUUUCCUUCUUUGAAGCUGGCGAAGGUGGCGGCCUGCAUGCCAAAAGCUUCCUCCUAGAGCAGAGCAAGGCGGACUUCGACAACUGCACGGCGUCUAGUGCCUUGGCAAUGCACCCGGGGCUGUGCAUCCGAGCUUUCCGAGGGCAGGCAAAGCAGAUCGGCUUCUUUUGCCACGCCACCCAGCUUUGCAAGCUUGGGUCUGUUUUUGUGGGUGCUUUCACGGGUUCUGAAAGCAGCUGCAUGAACGGCGGCGGCGGCGGCGCCUACAUCAAGGAGACCUUCCGCAUGAACGCCAACAGCUCCGCCAGCUUCCGCGGCUGCUCUGCAGAACUUGGCCGCGGCGGCGGCCUGCAUGCCGAAAGCUUCCUCCUAGAGCAGAGCAAGGCGGACUUCGACAACUGCACGGCGUCUGAAGUCAUGGGCGGCGGCGGCGGCGCCUACAUCAAGGAGACCUUCCGCAUGAACUUCAACAGCUCCGCCAGCUUCCGGGGCUGCUCUGCAGAACUUGGUGGCGGCCUGCAUGCCAAAAGCUUCCUCUUAGAGCAGAGCAAGGCGGACUUCGACAACUCCAUGGCGUCUGGCCUCUACACCGGCGGCGGCGGCGGCGCCCACAUCGUGGAGACCUUCCGCAUGAACAUAAACAGCUCCGCCAGCUUCCGGGGCUGCUCUGCAGAAAAUGGUGUCUUGGUGGCACGGAGCUCCAGGGGAAAGGUCUGGUGA